CUCCUCCUCCCUGCAGGUCACACAGAGAAAAUGAAACUAUCUGUGGCGCUUCUGCUUCGCAGGAAGCUCCUUGUUACUCUCUCUUGGCCACAGUAGCAGACAGACCGUUCCCAGAGCUGUGGCAGGAGCUGGCUGUGCAUCCGCUCUCAAUGCAGGUGAUGGAGGAAGAAUUUCAAUUCCUGCUUUGCCAGGGGUGCCGGAAAGAACCCAGGAAUCCCAAGCUCCUGUCCUGCCUUCACACUUUGUGCACCGACUGCCUGGAAGAGAACAAGCCCGUUGGCCAGUGUCCCAUCUGCCAGGCUCCCAUCCCACAAGUCAGCGGGAUCCCAGACCAGGACAACCUGCUCUUCGCCAAUCUGCAGGCCAAGCUGAGCACCUACCAGAAGAUUGUCAGCAGCAGCAACUUGGUCUGUGACCGCUGCAAGGAUCUGGCUGAAUUCUGGUGCUCUGAGUGUGAGGAAUUCUUUUGCAUCAGAUGCUUUGAGGCCCACCAGUGGUUCUUGAAGAAGAAAAGCCAUGAAACCAGGAAGGUGGGAGAUCUGAAGGCAGAAUCUGCCAAACAGUUUCUGGAGGGAGCAAGGAAGUCCAGAAUCCUCUUCUGUUCCAAUCCCACCCACAAUGACCAGAACUACAUUACAAGUAAUAUCUACUGCAGAGGAUGUUUAAAGCCCCUCUGCUGUUCCUGCGCGCUCCUGGAUAGUGAGCACUCAAAACUCUACUGCAACAUCCAGACAGAAAUCGAGCGGAGGCAGGAGGAGCUGGGGAGCCUGAGCGAAGAGCUGAAGAGGAAGAAGGCCCACUUUGAAGAUGUCUAUAAAAGUCUGAAGGGCAAAGCUGACCACAUGGACCAAGUGAGGACUGAAAACCAGGAGCUGAUCCAAAAGAGAGUCAAACACAUGGUGAAGCUGAUCCGAGAGAAGGAGCAGGAGCUGCUGGAGAUGGUGGACAGGCAGCACCGCCUGGGGAACGAGGACCUGGAGGGGAAGCUGAAGCAGAUGGAAGCCGUGCUCAAAAGGAUGGGGGCUGGUGAGCAGCUAGUGGAGAAGAUGCAUCUCUACGCGUCGGACCAGGAAGUGAUGGACAUGCACCCCUUCAUCAAGGAGUCCUUAGAGGAGCUCAUGAAGCUGCAGCCUCUGGCAGUGGGAGCCAAUGUCCAGGCUGGAGACUUCACCAAGUGUAAAGCUGAACUCCAGGCUCUGUUUGAAAGAGUGACUGGGGAGAGAGAUGCUGCCUCCUGCGCUGCCCCAGCAGCUCCAGAGACUGAGGUGUCUUCAGCUAAGGACUGGCCAGAGGAGUUCACUCAGCUCAGGACUCGAGAGCAGCACCCGGUUCCCAUGCUUACUGGCAACAUCCAGGAGACGCACCUGGGCAUGGCUCCCCCGGGGAAGAGGAAACGAGGCCAAGCGGAAAAAGCCAUCCAGACACCUCCCAAGGUGCUGAAGCUUGAAUCUCAGCCCGAAGUGGUCGAGAGAACCCCCAGCAAGUGCGACCAGGGCUUGCUAGACUGGGACCUGCAGCCUGGGCCCAGCACCUCAACACCCAGCAGAAACUGCGGAGGGGCUCCUGCAGCGAGGGGCGCAGUGCUCUCACAGGAGCUGGGAAACGCCCACUCUGAGCCCGGAGAUCAAGAAGACUCCAGCAUCAUGAUAAGUAGUUCUGAAGAUACCGACGAAGACACGAUGCUCUCCAGCAUGCUAGAGGGCAGCAAGGACUCCUCCUCAUACCUGCGGUUCGAAUGGGAAAGCAGUGCACCAGGCUCUGGGGUUGUGGCCAGUGCUGGCUUUGGGGGACGCACGCUGGUGUUCUUCGACAUGAAGGUCAACAAAGACACACAGAUUAUCACUCAACUGGCUGCAGCGAAUGGAGAAAACAGCUUUAAGGUUGUGAUACAAACCCCAGAGUCUGUGCUCAGUUUGAUUUCACAAGGUGUCUCCCUUGAGACAGGGCUAGAGCACUUUCUCUGCUACCUCCGCUCUGUUCCCAAGCCCAUCUUAGUUGUAUAUAACUUCUGGACAUCGGAGCUCACCAUUCUCUUUAAAGCCUUGGAUUCUUUUGCCAAGAAAUGGGACUUCUGCACAACUGUCUGUGGUUACCUGGACACCCUGCCCUUAAUUAAGGAAAAGAUUCCCACGUUUGGUCUUUAUAAAAUGAAGAACCUGGUGAGAAUGUACCUGCACAAGCCUCUGAACGACAGCAGCGCUCUGGCAUCAGUGAAGGCCCUAAGGGAUCUGUGUAAACUUCUGGAGAUCCACACAGAUACAGAGCCGAGGCUUAUACUCUCUCAUUGCAACCUCGAAUCUUACACUUCCCUCCAGCCUUUGCUGCAGGAGAAAUUGCUCACCAGGUCUGCUGCAAAGACUCUGGCAAUGCGCAAUAUGGUCCUCUGUGAACUGCAGGAGUCGUAGCAGGAGAGAGGGCUGCCAGUGACUUCAGGUCUCUCCGUCAUCAGCCUGAAGCUCUGAGUGAUAAGAUAUAUUAUUGUUCAGUGCUGCUGCUGACAGUCGAUCUGCUUCUACUGGUGCCAUCAACUGUCAGUGUAUCUGUGCUAUGGAUCAAGCGCUGCAUUCCCGAACUGCACCUGAGAGGAAGCUGCUAAACAGCUAAAAACAGCUCUCCCUUUUCCUAGCAAGAGUGCAACAAACUGCAGCUUGAGGCCGUUACUGAGCUACCUUAUCCUUAGGUGCUUUUAGCAUGUCAGUCACCACCAGACUGUCCCAGUGCUCUAUCUGUCAUGUAUGAUUAAACUACUUUUAAAACUAAGAGAGUCUUUAAGAUGUUCCUGGUUGUAAUCUAACCCAUGUCACAACUGUAGAGGGGCCUAUUUGCUACACACACCUUUGGAAAUCUGGCAGGAUCAGCAAAAGCCAUUUUCCCCCUAGACAGACUACCACUCAAUUGAAAUAUUCAUGUCACCCCACUCUCCCCCUUUCUUCUCUUUAGACAAGGGGAGUGAUAGCAUCUUCCUUUAUCAUCCAAAGAGACAGAGGAGGCAUUACCUGGGAGGACAGUAUGAGCCAGAGAGAGCUGUGAUUACCUUUAUUAAGCUCUCAGGCCCACUCCUAAAUUUGGCAUAUUCGUGUCUCUCUUGUACAAUUAGUCCCAGCCAUUAUCCUACCUCCCUACAUACAGGAUUCUCAGGACCUGUGUUUUGCAUCAUCUGCUGCACCUGGAAUGAGGAAGCAGCUGAUUGCAAAGAUGUGAGCCUGCAGAGCCUGCCUCACCCACAGCCAGGAGCCACAGGAUGUGAUAAUUUUUCUAGGAACCUUGGGGAACAUUUACUCCACGUGGGUGACGUGGCCUUGUAGGUCUCUCUUUCCCUGCCCUUUAGGACUCACGGUGGCCACCAGCCUUCUGAGGGGGACCCUCCAGUAGGUCCUGCAAUGUCCUGGCUAAUGAGCAUUUGCCACUGCGAUCCCCUGUUGGAUGGAAUGGUAAAUGAACAUGGGUUCAAACCUUUCUCUCCAUCCAUCUUAUAAUGCCCAUCAGCAUGGUGUCUGGGUGCCUAUCACAUUGCAUUCUGGUAGCGGGAGGCUCCUAGCUUUCAUACACAUGGAAACACUCCUUGAGCUCCAGUGGCAGCCCUAGAGAGCUGGGAUUUUAUGCCCACAAUCCCCCUGUGCAUUUCACCAGGUCUGGAGUCGAGAAGUCACUGCAAACUGGUGUCCAGCUCUGGAUGUGAACUCCAGACGAUUGAGGAGGAGCAUGACCUAGCUGGAGGGGAGUGUCGCAAAGCACUGGCAGACACAUGCCUCUGCCAGCUCAAACCCAGUCAAAUGCUCAGCCUCUGAGGGCUAAACCUGCUGCAUUCUAUGUUCAGUGCCACAGGCAUGGGUAGGUCAUAGCUGACAUUGGCCAUAUCUCUACACAGAGUCUCUCCCUUGGCACUGCACCAGCACUGAGCUGGUUUCUCCAGGAUGAACAUUUGAUCCCAUCUGCUCUUGGUUCAAAUUCAAACCUGGGGGAAGCAGAUGCCACCCCAUGGCCCUAUUCCUUCCAUCCUACAGGGAUAUCACCACCUCUCUUCUCCUGUUCAGCUAAGGAAGAGCAGACAGGCUCACUCAUUUAUUGUUGAUGGCUGGAUGAAUCU